GUCUUGAACCAUUGAGUCACUCGAGGUCGGAAGCGACUUAAUCACAAUGUUUCCCACGCUGAUCAGACGUAUGGCCUCAUCUUCAAAGGAUAGUCUUCUCAAGAAGGCUCCUCUGACGGUGGCAACCAACCCUUACAAGGCCCGAAAAGUGUGGCCUCCGAACUUCAAGCAACUUACUGUCCAGCAACAACUCCGGUUUGAGAAGAAGUACAAACGUCGCAUUAUCCUAGCAAGUCGAGCACCGCGAUGGGUGAAAUUUGUCAAGACUGCUCAGCUCCUGACGAUUGUUGCUGCACUGAUCUGGAUCUGCUUCUACUCCGAGUUCGAAUGGUGGGGUCAGAAGUAUAAACCUUCUGAAGAGAUUCGUAAGAAGACACAAUAUCUAUUCGGCACAGUCGAUCCCGAGAAGCGAUACGAACGACGACCAGAUGCGCCGCCUUUCCAUCCCCCAAAGGACGAGCCAGAAUCAAAAUAGUGUAUUCUUUAUGUAUAUUAUUCAAUACUUGGAGUUGGGCGUUAGUCUCGUAGAGUCGAAACAUAUAUGGAUAUCUCAACAGGCAGACACAUCUUGUAAUCCGCUCUAUCAUGCAUUUCAUUCGUCGCUCUGAAUAGUCGUAACCUUCAUCGCCCAGUCCAAGCAAAGUUGGCACCCAUACCAAGUCCACUU